UAUUGCUUUGACAACGAACGUCUGCGGUCAUAUAAUGCGUUCCUGUAGAGGAAUAAUUUUUUACAUUAAUUAUUCAUUAAUUCAAAUUUAGUGUUUUAUUUGCACCUGUGCCAUUUAGUUAGUUACUUUGUCAACUGUUGCCGGAACUUGCAUCACAAUGAUUAAGUUAUCUGUGGAGCAAGCGAUGAAGAUCGGAUUUAUUGGAGGCGGUAGACUGGCAUUUGCUUUGGCAAAUGGAUUUGUAUCAGCAGGAUUGGCAAAGCCUGAUGAAAUCACGGCGAGUGUUCACCCUUCAGACAUCGUGAGUGCAGAAGCUUUUAAGGGCAUUGGAGCGACAGCGUUGUUUGAGAACAAGCCUGUAGUUGAAAGAUCAGAAGUCGUGAUAGUCUCCGUCAAGCCUGAUGUCGUCGCAACAGCCCUUAACGAAGUUAAAGACUUGCCGGCCUCUAAGAACAAAUUAUUUAUUUCCGUCGCUAUGGGUGUUAAUACAGCAUCCAUAGAAAAGAUUCUGCCACAAGAAGCUCGGGUCAUUCGUGUGAUGCCAAACACGCCAGCCUUGGUGAAGGAAGGCGCCGCUGCGUUCAGUAGAGGCUCCAGAGCGACCGCUGAUGACGCAAAGCUCACCACACAGCUAUUCAAAGCAGUCGGGACCUGCGACGAAGUGCCCGAAUACCAGAUGGAUGCCGUAACAGCACUCAGUGGCAGUGGUCCCGCUUAUGUUUACAUGCUAAUAGAAUCUCUGUCUGACGGCGGGGUACGUUGUGGUCUUCCACGUGACUUAGCACUCCGUUUGGCAACACAGACAACAUUAGGAUCUGCGGCCAUGUUGAAAAAUGGCGGCCACCCAGCUGUCAUGAAGGAUAACGUGACUUCGCCCAGUGGUUCCACUGCAGAAGGCACAUAUCACUUGGAACAAAACGGAUUUAGAUCUGCAAUCAUAGGCGCGGUCACGGCGGCUGCAAACCGGUGUAAAAUCGUAAAUGAUCAACUAAAUAAGUAAAUUAUUGUAAUGUAUUUCGUUAAAUGUAUUUAAACGUUUGUAAAAUAUUUCGUUAGCUACGUUGUUAAGAGUUUAGUUCAUAAAACUCUCAAGAGAUGGCGCUCACUAUGAGGCUUGAUAUUCUAAAACGCGCUAACACUAUUUUGUUGUAUUUAGUUAGGUCAGCCAAUUUAUUAUGAUUAAAUGACUCAGACUCGACCAUCAGACUGAGAAUCAGAUCCUAA